CAUUGCAUCCCCUAAUAUUGCGUGUACAUCAUAUACACUGAAAUUAAUUAAUUAACUGAUUAAAUGGGGAUAAAUCCUUGAAAGCAUACCAACAUACCAUCCGGUUCCCGUUCCAAUUAAAAGGACAGUAACCGGAACACUGCGGCUAUAAUGGGUUUGAACUCUCCUGCGAAGAAAAGCAGAUUGUGCUCGAGCUGCCACGGAAUGUAGAGUUGUUCGUGAAGCGUAUAGAUUACAAAGCACAGAGGAUUCGGUUAUAUGAUCCUCAGUUAUGCGGAAAAUGCUAUUGGUUGCGGGCAUAAUCCUAGGUUUCGGUCUAUUUGUAAUAAUCCUCAUUGGACUUUACCGUGUGCACCACUCAUAUAGAUCAAAGAAAGAGGGCCAACUCAAGAUUGUGAAAUUUCUGGAGGAUUACAAAGCACUCAAGCCCUCAAGAUAUUCUUAUGCUGAUAUCAAGAGAAUAACAGAUCAGUUCAAGGACAAACUAGGAGAAGGUGCUUAUGGAACUGUUUUCAAGGGAAGGCUUUCCAAUGAUGUUUUGGUUGCUGUUAAGGUCCUCAACAAUUUCAAAAUAACUGGAGAAGAAUUCAUUAAUGAAGUUGGAUCAAUGUGCCGAAUCCAUCAUGUCAAUGUCACUCGCUUGAUUGGAUUUUGUGCAGAUGGAAAUAAAAGAGCUCUUGUUUACGAGUACAUGCCAGAUGAAUCAUUGGAGAAGUUUAUCUUUGCAACUAGGGACCAAAAUCGUUCCCUCCGUUGGGAGAAUCUUCAAGAUAUUGCAAUAGGAAUAGCGAAAGGAAUUGAGUACCUGCACCAAGGUUGUGAUCAACAAAUCCUUCAUUUUGACAUCAAGCCUCACAAUAUCUUGCUAGACCAUAACUUCAAUCCUAAGAUCUCCGACUUUGGUCUAGCAAAGCUGUGUUCCAAGGAACAAAGUGCUGUUUCUAUGACAGAAGCUAGAGGAACAAUGGGAUACAUUGCCCCUGAGCCUGAGGUACUGUCUAGGAACUUUGGAAAGGUCUCAUAUAAAUCAGAUGUUUAUAGUUUUGGAAUGCUAUUGUUGGAAAUGGUAGGAGGGAGGAAGAAUGUUGAUACCACAGUGCGGAAUACAAGCCAAGUUUAUGUCCCAGAAUGGGCGUAUAAUUGCUUGUAUAGAGGAGAAGUGCUGGGGAUUAGAACAGAAAAUGAGAGGCAUAACAAGAUAGCAAGAAAACUUACAAUUGUUGGACUUUGGUGCAUCCAGUGGUACCCAACAGACCAACCAUCAAUGAAAUCUGUGGUUCACAUGUUGGAAGGAGAAGCAGACAGUUUGGCAGUGCCACCAAAUCUCUUUGGCCAUGCAGAUGGAGCGCUGACAAGUGCCAAUAUCCCUAGGAGACAAAUUCACAGAGAAUUACCAGUAAUCUCUGAAUUAGAAUGAUGAAAAUUCUUUUUAUUCUACACUUUUUUUUAAUAUUUUCUAAAUAAUUGUACUACAAAAUGAAACUUAUAAUAAUUGUGCUAAAGUCUGAAAUUUGUAAUAAUUACACUUUAUAAAUCCCCUAGUUGAAG